UUUAUAAAACAAAUUAUUGGUCAAACGUAUUCCGAGAAUAACCUCAGAUUAUAAUGUAAUUCAAUCAUUAUAAUCUGAUAAAUAACAAUUGUUAUAAAAUAAAAGACGAGGUAAAUCCCCUUUGAGUCGCACCGUGCGGAAGGCCGCCCCCUGUCGGCGGACGUCGGACUGCAGCCGUCACACAAAGCCUUUCUAGAAUAACCACUUCGGCUUCGGGAUAAAGUCUGAUCGUUUUGAUUAAGAACAUGUGACUUAACUUCAUAUGUAAUCUGCUGGAAACUGAAACGCGUUAAAUGCUUUGAUUAUCCAGAUUUGACCCAUCUUUUAGUCUGUUUUUAGAAAGGACCGGUUGGAAGUUGGAACGUACUGCGGCUCCCGGCCAAUCAGAAGUGAGUAUUUUUCGCGCUGGUCGGAGCAGAGUUUGAGUUUCCCGCUCGUGAUAAACCUCUGAUGGACUUUAUCACUUUUAUCCGUUGUGGAGGAUUUUAACAGCUGAGCUCAGUGGAUGGGAUGGAGGGCGUAGGAAGCUCCCUGCCCUCAAUGCCUGAGCCGGCCAGCCCGCUCAGCAUGAAGCCUCAGUCCGACCCCGCCCGCAAGGGCCGCACCGACCCCAGCACCGACCCCACUCUCCUGCUGGACCCGGCCGCCCUGGUCCAGGACGGCGCUCUACAGAAGAUGGCGGCCCACAAUAACAACAACAACAACCACCACGAGCGGCUGAAGGACCUGACCUCCCGCGUGCUGAACGGCGACCAAGACAAGCUGCCCAAGCUGUGUUCCCCCCCGGACAUCCCCGUCCUGAAGGGUGCCGACGCCCCGCCCGCCAUCGCCUCCCUACAGCGCAAAGCACCGCCCCCCACAGUGGACCCGGGCCCGAAGGGGCAGCUCACCCAUCUGGCCAGUGAGUUUAUCUUCUCCGGGAGCGAUGACGUGAAGAAGAGGAGGGGGAGGGCACCCAAAACCAAACCUCCUGUAAAGUCCCUCCCCCAAACCAGUCCCACGAGGCCCACAACCUCCGCCACCGGCACCAGCGGCCACCUGCCCAACGGCACCAGCGGCCACCUGCCCAACGGCACCACCGGCCACCUGCCCAACGGCACCACCGGCCACCUGCCCAACGGCACCACCGGCCACCUGCCCAACGGCACCACCGGCCUGCUGCCAAACGGCCCUUCCAGCUUACUGCCCAUCGGCACCACCAACACCACCAACACCACCAGCCUCUUGCCCACUGGCAUCACCAGCCUCCUGCUCACUGGCACCACCAACACCACCAGCAUCUUGCCCACAGGAGCCACCAGCACCACUGUGGCCUCCUCCCAGCUGCCCCAGCUGUCCCUCCAGCAGGAGGUGAAGGAUAAAGAGGAGGUUGGAGAGGAGGCGACGGAGAGCCAGGGCAUUAAGGAGGUGCAGCCAGCGGUUGGAGAGAAGGAGACGGAGAGCCCUAAGGAGCAGGAGCAGGUGGUUGGAGAGGAGGAGGAGGCCGAGAGCGUUAAGGAGCAGGAGCAGGUGGUUGGAGAGGAGGAGGCCGAGAGCGUUAAGGAGCAGGAGCAGGUGGUUGGAGAGGAGGAGGCCGAGAGCGUUAAGGAGCAGGAGCAGGUGGUUGGAGAGGAGGAGGCCGAGAGCAUUAAGGAGCAGGAGCAGGUGGUUGGAGAGGAGGAGGCCAAGAGCAUUAAGGAGCAGGAGCAGGUGGUUGGAGAGGAGGAGGCCGAGAGCGUUAAGGAGCAGGAGCAGGUGGUUGGAGAGGAGGAGGCCGAGAGCGUUAAGGAGCAGGAGCAGGUGGUUGGAGAGGAGGAGGCCGAGAGCCAGGGCAUUAAGGAGGUGCAGCCGGCGGUUGAAGCUGUAAAGGAGCAGUCUUCUCCAGUGGUCAGCUUCUCUGUGGGUGAUGUGGUGUGGACCAAGGUGUCGGGAUACCCCUGGUGGCCGUGCAUGGUCUCUACUGACCCAGAGCUGGAGCAUCACACCAAGCCCAAACCCAGAGCCCAUGGUCCUCCAGCGCUCCUGUACCACGUGCAGUACUUCGGGGACUGUCCUGAGCGGGGCUACAUCCUGGAGAGCAACAUGGUGCCGUUCCGUGGAGAGGAACAGUAUGAGCAACUACAACAGGCCAACAAACAGCCAGCCGUCCGUAUUGUCAAGAAGCAGGGUAACGCCUCGGUGCCCAGGAAGUUCCGCGCCCAGUGGAGCGAGGGCGUGGGCCAGGCCCGGGAGGCCCUCGGCCUGUCUCUAGACCAGCGCAUGGAGCGCUACUCCUACGUCUACAGCCCAGACGGGCUGCGCCUCAACCCCCACGUGGUGGAGCAGCUGGCCAGACCCCCCCCGGUGGAGGAGCUGAGGCCAGGGGAGACCCCGGCCGGGGAGCAGGGGGCCGCCUCCCGUCUGGUCCCGCCCCCCCUGGGACAGACGGCCCCGCCGGGCCCUGGCCCGUCAACAGGGCAGCGAGAGGCGGCGGCCAUGGGUGGGAGAGCUGGGAAAGGAGCGCAGGCCGGCCCCAAGAAGAGGCGGAGAGGUCCCUCCAGCGCUGAAGAACACCUCCUGCCCGAGCCUCACAUACAGGAGUCCGGCUCCGCAGUGCGUCCCGAGGCGUCCGCAGAGGUUGGUGGGACUCCGCUGAAGAGGAAGAGGAAGAGGGCAAUCCAGAAAAACACAACCAACGCACUUUCAGCAACCCUCAGCAAACCAGACGUAGCAGUGAAGAAAAGGUCCAGGAAACCUCCAGCCCUGACCGCCCUCUCUGCCAAGAAGAAGACGUCCGCCAAGACUCCGGCAACGAAAAGUACAGCCGAGCAGGAGGACCAGAAGCCCAAGAGGAAACGCAACACUGGCAAACAGACGGACAAACCAAAGGUGGGGAAGCUAGAGACGCCCAAGAGGCAGAGGCAGAGGAAGAGGAAUUACACAGAGGAAGCUGCUGAACCAGCCAAGAAGAGGAGGAAAGGCUCUGUCUCGGUCGACCAAUCACCUCAGAAGCAGCCAAGCUGCAAGAGGAAACAGGAAGUGGACCCUCAGGCCACGCCGUCCAAGGCCAAGAAGAGGCGUUCCUCUCCCUGUCCCGAGUCAGAGGGCUCUGGCAGUGAGGAGCGUCCCGACUCGCCCAGUGACUGCCUGGACGACCCCAAGAAGACGGAGAGACUCAGCGGAGCCAGGAAGGAGCUGGUCUGCCAGGUGUGUGAGCAGCCCGCUGAGGACCUGCUGGCCUGUGAGGGUCCGUGUUUUGGGAUGUUCCACCUGUCCUGCUUGGGUCUCACCGUGAGGCCAGAGGAUAAGCUCCUGUGUCAGGAGUGUACGACAGACAUCCACCCCUGCUUCGUCUGUAAGCAGACCGAGGGUCCGGCGGCUCUGGGGGCUGCGCUGCGGCGCUGCUACGUGCCCAACUGUGGGAAGCUGUACCACGAGGCCUGCGCCCGCCUCAACCCGCUCAGCGUGUUCGACCAGCGCGGCCUCCGCUGCCCACUGCACACCUGCCUCAGCUGCCACCUGGGCUGCCGCUCCAACGGCAAGGCCACCAAGGGUAAGAUGAUGCGGUGCCUGCGCUGCCCGGUAGCCUACCAUGUAGGAGAUGUGUGUGUGUCUGCCGGCAGCCAGGUGGUCACCAGCACGGCACUGGUCUGCACCAGCCACUUCAACGCCAAGAAGGGCUACAGCCACCACAGCCACGUCAACGUCAGCUGGUGCUUCGUCUGCUCCAAAGGGGGUCAGCUGCUGUGCUGUGAGUCGUGUCCGGCCGCGUUCCAUCCGGACUGUCUCAACAUCUCCAUGCCCGAGGGCAGCUGGUUCUGCAACGACUGCCGGGCCGGGAAGAAGCCCAAGUACCAGGACGUGAUCUGGGUCAAACUGGGCACCUACAGGUGGUGGCCGGCAGAGAUCCGACACCCGCGCACCGUGCCCACCAACAUCCAGCACCUGCGCCACCAGAUCGGAGAGUUCCCCGUCUUCUUCUUUGGCUCCAAGGACUUCUUCUGGACCCACCAGGGCCGGGUGUUCCCCUACAUGGAGGGCGACCGCGGCAGCCGGCACCAGAAGACCAACAUAGGCAAGGUCUUCAAGAACGCUCUUCUGGAGGCGGAGGAACGCUUCAAGGAGACCAAGCUGAAGCGAGAGACCAAGGAGGCUCAGGAGAACAACAAGAAACCUCCCCCCUACAAGUUCAUCAAGGUGAACCGGCCCUGCGGGAAGGUGCAGGUGAGCACGGCGGACGUGUCGGAGAUCCCCAAGUGUAACUGCCGUCCGUCGGACGAGCGUCCGUGCGGCUUCGAGUCGGAGUGCCUGAACCGCAUGCUGCUGUACGAGUGCCACCCCCAGGUGUGCCCCAACGGGACCCGCUGCUGCAACCAGGACUUCAGCAAGCGCCUGUACCCCGACACCAAGAUCAUCAAGACCGCCGGCAAGGGCUGGGGCCUCAUCUGCCUCCGCGACAUCAAGAAGGGUGAGUUUGUGAACGAGUACAUCGGGGAGCUGAUCGAUGAGGAGGAGUGCCGAGCCCGGAUCCGGUUCGCCCAGGAGAACAACAUCUCCCACUUCUACAUGCUCACCAUCGACAAGGACCGGAUAAUCGAUGCCGGGCCCAAGGGCAACUACUCUCGGUUCAUGAACCACAGCUGCCAGCCCAACUGUGAAACGCAGAAGUGGACGGUGAACGGAGACACCCGGGUCGGGCUGUUUGCUGUCUGCCCCAUCCCAGCAGGUACGGAGCUCACCUUCAACUACAACCUGGACUGUCUGGGCAACGAGAAGACGGUGUGUCGCUGCGGCGCGCCCAACUGCAGCGGGUUCCUGGGAGACCGACCCAAGACGUCCAGCGCCGCUCCCUCUGAGAUGAAGGUGAAGAGGGUGAAGAGGAGGAAGAGGAGGAGUGAGGGGAAGCGGUCGGAGGACGAGUGCUUCCGCUGCAGAGACGGGGGACAGCUGGUGAUCUGUGGCAAGAAGAGCUGCACCAAGGCCUACCACCUGGCCUGCCUGGGGCUGGCCAAGAGGCCCUUCGGGCGCUGGGACUGCCCGUGGCACCACUGUGACGUGUGCGGGAGGGCGUCGAAGGCCUUCUGCCAGCUGUGUCCCAACUCCUUCUGCAGCGCCCACCAGGAGGGGGCGCUGCAGGAACGCCCCCCCUCCCCCUCCUCCUCCUCACAGCUGUGCUGCCUAGAGCACGACCUCCAGGACUAAACCACCGGGACUAGACCACCUGGACGAGACCUCCAAGACAAGACCUCCAGGACCCCCCUCUGGACUAGACCACCUGGGAACCCCCUGGACUAGACCACCUGGACUAGACCACCGGGACGAGACCUCCAGGACCCCCCUCUGGACUAGACCACCUGGGAACCCCCUGGACUAGACCACCUGGGAACCCCCUGGACUAGACCACCUGGGAACCCCCUGGACUAGACCACCUGGACUAGACCACCAGGACCCCCCCCUGGACUAGACCACCUUGACUUGACCACCAGGACCCUCCCCUGGACUAGACCACCUGGGCUCCCCCCUGGACUAGACCACCAGGACCCCCCCCUGGACUAGACCACCUGGGCUCCCCCCUGGACUAGACCACCUGGACUAGACCACCGGGCCCCCCCUCUUGGCUAGACCAUCAGGGAUCUCCAGGACCCCCCCCUGGACUAGACCACCAGGACCCCCCCAUGGACUAGACCACCUUGACUAGACCACCAGGACCCCCCCCUGGACUAGACAACCUGGGCUCCCCCCUGGACUAGACCACCAGGACCCCCCCCUGGACUAGACCACCAGGACCCCCCCCGGACUAGACCACCUUGACUAGACCACCAGGACCCCCCCCUGGACUAGACCACCUGGGCUCCCCCCUGGACUAGACCACCUGGACUAGACCACCGGGCCCCCCCUCUUGGCUAGACCAUCAGGGAUCUCCAGGGCUCCCCCCUGGACUAGACCACCUGGACUAGACCACCUGGGAACCCCCUGGACUAGACCACCUGGACCCCCCCUGAACUAGACCACCUGGACUAGACCACCUGGGCUCCCCCCUGGACUAGACCACCGGGCCCCCCCUCUUGGCUAGACCAUCAGGGAUCUCCAGGCCCCCCCCUGGACUAGACCUCCCUUGUCUGAGUCCUCGGGGUCAGUGGUCGGAGGUCCCCUUCUGGACGGAGGCUAGCAGUAGAUGGAUCCCUGUAUUACGUUGUCUGUGAAGCAAUACCAAAAUGAUGAUUGACAUGUUUAGUUCUUCUGGAGAUAGACCAGCUAGCUAGUGGCGACCCAUAGAUUGGAGACGGCUUUUAGUUUGAGUUUGAUCUGAAACUUCCUCUUAAUUUAUUUGGAGAGGAAACGGUUUUUUUCGUAGUUUUCAAAAGGUUUAAAGGGUCUAUAACACUACUGUUAACCUGAAACCGUUCAGUGUUUUAGCUUGUUUAUAAAGAUAUAAGAUAUAUAUAAAUAUAUAGUGUAUACUGAGGUGGCCUCUAGCAGUUACUCUUCCUACUGAUGAAUACAGACAUCAAGAACUCGUCAUCAAAUAUUGUCCAGCAAGUAAACAUUCUCAAAACUGGCUUUCAUUUUACACAACGUCAAGAUAGAGAUGUAUUUUUUUAUUAUUUUUAAUGGCACCUUUUGUUUUUAUUUGUUCUGUUUUCUUUCUCUUCAUUCUGUGUGUGUGUUUUAGUAUGUCCAACUAAUGUGUACAUAAUGUAUAAGUCCUCAUAGUGAUGCAUCUAUUGUAAAUUGAUCUCUUCGGAUUGUUUGGCCUUUUGUUUUUUUUCCGAUGCAGUGCUUUUACACUUUUGUGCAAGAUUUCAUAGCAUUUGAAUCAUGGAAUAAAAGCGGUUGAAAAAGGA